UAAGUUCCACCUCUCGUUGUCCAGAAAACAAGGAUCUUUAAUCGUUAUUUUCUCUCCAUAGUUGUCAUUGAGUCUAUUGUUCUCAUUUUUCCAAUCUCUAUUGCUCCCUUCGCUUUCCCUUCAUUCACAUUUCGCAGGGCGCUUCUUUCUCAUUGCUGGCAAAAUGGCAAAUGUAGCGUCCGGAAUGGCUGUGCACGAUGAUUGCAAACUGAGGUUUCAAGAGCUUAAAUCAAAGAGGAGCUACAGGUUCAUUGUGUUCAAAAUUGAAGAACAGCAAGUGGUGGUUGAGAAAUUAGGGGACCCCACGGAAAGUUAUGAGGACUUUAUGGCCAGUUUUCCAGCUAAUGAAUGUCGCUAUGCAGUCUAUGAUUUUGAUUUCACAACUUCUGAGAACUGCCAAAAGAGCAAGAUCUUCUUCGUUGCAUGGUCACCAGAUACCUCAAAGGUGAGGAUGAAGAUGGUGUAUGCAAGUUCCAAGGAUAGAUUCAAGAGGGAAUUGGAUGGCAUUCAAGUGGAUAUGCAAGCAACUGAUCCAAGUGAGAUGAGCUUGGACCUUGUGAAAGCGCGAGCCAUCUAAGCCUCCUUUUUAUUGUUAUAUAACUCAGCUUUCCUAGCUUCUAUGUUAUGGAUUAAUUCAACUAUUUGGCAGCCAUCUUUCUUUGCGCCAAUUGUGGCUUGGAUUCAACAACGGCUAAUCCAAAAUGACAUGUAUAUGCAUCAUUCUUCCUUGUACUCGAUCGAUCCUUGUUCAGUUUCCUAGAGAUCUUGGAUUCAUGGCCUGUUUGAAGGGCCAUGUGUAGUGGUGGAUUCAAGAUUAGUACUAGCAUUUAUUAUUAUAUAUAGGUUGGUUCGGUUCUCUACCAAGUUGCCAAUCUGACGACUUGGUGUUUCACUUCAUGAGGGUGGGAUUUGUGCAGUCGUAGUAGCUUCUGAAAGAAUGAUGACACUGAUAUAUGUCAAA